CAUUAGAAAAGUGACACGUUUUAAUGAAUAGACUUUAUUUCGUGGGAAACUUUUAUUUGUUUAAUCCAACCGUUAUAAUGUGCUUGGGCUUCUAUUGUAGUCAUUACGGUAACUGUUGGUUGCAUGAGUGAUGCCAGUUGAGAGGAAAUGGGAAGUUGCCUUGUUGACUGUUUUCUUAAGGAGGGGGAGGAUGAGGUGUGUGUGUGUGUGUGUGUGUGUGUGUGUGUGUGUGUGUGUGUGUGUGUGUGUGUGUGUGUGUGUGUGUGUGUGUGUGUGUGUGUGUGUGUGUGUGUGUGUGUGUGUGUGUGUGUGUGUGUGUGUGUGUGUGUGUGUGUGUGUGUGUGUGUGUGUGUGUGUGUGUGUGUGUGAGAUAAAGCAUUAGGUAAUUGGACUAUCUGAGUGUGUAGACUGAGUGACGCCAGCCCUCAUAAAGCAGCAGCUCCUUGCUUGCUUGCUCUCUUGCUGACAUCAGCGCCAUUUUUCAACAACAACAACAACAACUUUAAUUUGAAUUUGCACGCCCGAGGACGCGACCUCAGCGUGACCGCCGCCGCGAAGCGCGCUUGCGGGAAAGGCAAACACGGCCCAGACGGCGCGGCUCCUCAUCCCUUCCUCCCGCAGCCCGGCCGUCAAGCGGCUGCUGGGCUGGAAGCAGGGCGACGAGGAGGAGAAGUGGGCGGAGAAGGCGGUGGACUCGCUGGUGAAGAAGCUGAAGAAGAAGAAGGGCGCCAUGGAGGAGCUGGAGAGAGCCCUCAGCUGCCCGGGACAGCCCAGCAAGUGCGUGACCAUCCCCCGCUCGCUGGACGGCAGGCUGCAGGUGUCGCACCGCAAAGGUCUCCCCCACGUCAUCUACUGCCGGGUGUGGCGCUGGCCGGACUUGCAGUCACACCACGAGCUCAAGGCCCUGGACUGCUGCGAGUUCCCCUUCGGCUCCAAGCAGAAGGACAUCUGUGUCAACCCCUACCACUACCGCCGUGUGGAGACCCCAGUUCUGCCUCCCGUCCUGGUCCCGCGCCACAGUGAGUUCAACCCCCAGCACAGUCUCCUGGCCAAGUUCCGCAACGCCUCCCUGCACAACGAGCCCUUGAUGCCGCAGAACGCCACCUACCCAGACUCCUUCCCGCCGCUGCCCUUCUCCUCGUCCUCGUCCCCGUCCUCGCAGAGCUACCCCGACUCCCCCGCCAGCUCCGCCGAGCCCGGCAGUCCCUACCACAUCGCAGCAGAGACUCCGCCUCCUCCGUACAGCAUGAUGGAGACCAGCCCCCAGGAGGACGUGAAGACAGAGACCCCCAAACUCACCUUCUCCGCCCCGCACAGAGAUUUGCGUCCGGUGUGCUACGAGGAGCCCGAGUACUGGUGCUCCAUCGCGUACUACGAGCUCAACAACCGGGUGGGGGAGACCUUCCACGCCUCGUCCCGCAGCAUGCUGGUGGACGGCUUCACAGACCCGUCCAACAACAAGAACCGCUUCUGCCUGGGCCUGCUGUCCAACGUCAACCGCAACUCCACCAUCGAGCACACGCGCCGCCACAUCGGCAAAGGCCUGCACCUGUACUACGUGGGCGGGGAGGUGUACGCCGAGUGCCUGAGUGACAGCAGCAUCUUCGUGCAGAGCCGCAACUGCAACUUCCAGCACGGCUUCCACGCCACCACCGUCUGCAAGAUCCCCAGCGGCUGCAGCCUGAAGAUCUUCAACAACCAGCUCUUCGCCCAGCUGCUGGCCCAGUCCGUCAACCACGGCUUCGAGGUGGUCUACGAACUCACCAAGAUGUGCACCAUCCGCAUGAGCUUCGUCAAGGGUUGGGGGGCAGAGUACCACCGGCAGGACGUGACCAGCACCCCCUGCUGGAUCGAGGUGCACCUGCACGGGCCCCUGCAGUGGCUGGACAAGGUCCUGACCCAGAUGGGCUCGCCGCACAACCCCAUUUCCUCCGUGUCCUAGCACGGCCUCUUACCACGUUCCAAAACCUCUUGUUUACUUGUGAGACUGAAUCUCAUUUAGCUGGUGGUCAUGGCACUUUGUGUGUGAUAAUGUUAUUAUUCUAUUUAAACUUACUGACCAACGUUUGGAUGAUGUGUUGUUUAUUCUCUAUUAAAGUUUCCUCAAAUGGC